UACAGGAAAUACAGAGGACGCUAAGAUCGCAGUACGAUACUUAUUCACUAGAGACAUGUAAUGUCUCUUAUUGGUUCAUGAUCUUCUUCCUUGUUUCCUUUUUCCGUUGAAGAGGAAUAAUCGCAAGAUGGGUAAGGUUAAGUGUACUGAUCUGAGGACAAAAGACAAAAAUGAGUUGCUCAAGCAGCUGGAAGAGCUCAAAACUGAGUUGACAAAUCUUCGUGUGGCAAAAGUUACUGGUGGUGCUGCAUCUAAACUUUCGAAAAUCCGAGUGGUGAGGAAGGCAAUAGCUAGGGUAUACAUUAUUAUGCAUCAGAAACAGAAGGAAAACUUGCGUUUAUUGUAUAAAAAUCACAAGUACAAGCCUUUAGAUCUGAGGCCAAAGAAAACUAGAGCUCUUAGGAGAGCUUUGACGCCUUAUCAAGCUAACAAAAAGACUUUGAAAGAAAUCCGUAAACAAUUUGCUUUUCCUCCAAGGAAAUAUGCUUUAAAGGUGUAAAUUGCGAGGUACUACAGGAUAAAAUAAAGGUUUUUUAAAAAUUCAAAA